GGCCGGAAAGCGGAAGAGUUCGCGUCAAAACAUUGGCUGAAAAUAUAUCUCCAUUCUUAUCGUUUCAACUUUUUACUCUUGCCAGGUAUGCCAUUGCCCUUUUCAUGAUAAAUUAUGAGUAUAUCCAUAGAAGUAAAAUAAGCUGCCGUUGUAAUCCAGAGAACUAGGAAUUUAACGAGUAACUAUGAUGGUCGAACUGAAGCUUAUGCAAUAACUGUAAAAUAUUAAGCCUUUGAUCACUUGUUAAAGCCUUUAUUCACUUGUUAAAAACGUAGCUUGGAAUUUUGAAACCAGUUAGGGGAUCCAUUACUGCACGACGAAAGUAGUUGAAAAUGACUGAUUCAGUCUACUUUGCCUUUUUUAGCUGCUGCGCUGUUAUAUUAUGUUAAUUUCGACUGAUCCAUGUCCAGAAUUUGUUGUUGAUUACGUAAUUCCUACUUGAAAAAAAGGAAGUAUCUUUAGCUUACGGCAUUUCUCGAGUAACUAACGAGGCCCGAAUAAAGAUGAAGUCUUAAAUGCUUGAAAAAUACCCCUUAAGCAGUUUUUACUGUACCAGGAGUAUUGGCAGAAGGGUUAUAUGCCUCUUGUAUUGGUCAUCAGUUUCCAUCUGCCAGGCAAAAAUGGGGUAAGAUUUCCAUUCCACCAUUUCUUGUGCAUGCAGCAAGUUCAUACGUACUAUUGAUCAGGCCCCAGUUGUUCAAACUUUGGAUAGCACUUUCCACCGGCUAUAUUGCUGUAAUUAAGCAUAGCAGCACAACAGACGUAUGAUAACAAACUGGUUUACUUCAGCAAGAUGGAGGUCUUACAAGAACAACCUUACAGCCCAAAAGCACCAUGGGUAAACCAACCACAGGAUAUCCAGCAAGUAUAUAACAUUGCUAUCGAGCGGUUAAGUAUUAAGGAAUCCAUUUUGCGUUGUCUAGUGGAUAGCACUAUCCACCUUUUUUAACAACUGGGGCCGGCAGGUUUGUACAAAACCCAACUCAAAAGUUUACUUUAAAGUUAUUGAAAAGCAAGUUAUUGAAAAGCUGUAGUCUGCUCAGAGGGGUAGUCAGGUUUCAACAUGUCAAUUUCUCCUUAAUGACUUUGAUUAACACAUUAGCACUGAGCAGGGUUUAACCAUAAAUCAUUAUGGUAAUUUCUCUAUUUCAGGUGAGAGAAAAUGAACAAAGCAUUGACUAUAGGAUGCUACAAGACAGGAGUUCAUCCAUUGCUUGCAUCGACAAGAACACAAGUGUUAACAGCUGUCUGUCUUGUUGCUCCUGUUCCCCCUUUGCCGCUGUCCAAGACUGCAAGGAGUGUUUACAGUGCCAUAGCAUGUUCAGGAAAAAAAAGUUAUAUGUACCAUCAGAUCAAAGCUGUGCCACAAAAAUACUCUCGGAUCUCCUCUAUUCUAGCUUUUGAGGAUGAUACAUGUAAUCCAACUGAUGCAGAAAUCAAGCUUAACAGAAAAAUUAUGUUGACAAUGACAGUUGAAGGUCAACUUCAAUUGUAUAAGAGUGUCAAACAGGCUGUCAAUAAUGUAAACAGAGUUGCCUUCCUUUUCAAUGUUGCCAAAAUCAUUGGAAAAGAUAGAUCUCAACAACAAAUCCUUGAACAUGAAAAAGAGCUUGCCAAGCAUGGUAAAAGCAGUGCGUACAUUGAUUUGCUGGAUGACAUUGCCAAUGUGAUGAGCAAGUGUGAGUCCAGGCAUUUAGCUAACGUGAUGUGGGCAUUGGGGAAAAUAGAAGAGAGAGAUCACCGACUGCAUCUUGUGUGCAAGCAAGAGAUUUUGCAGCAAACUAUGUCAAGCUUCAACUAUGCAGAGAUCUGCCAAAUUGUAAAUGGCUGUGCAAACCUGAAAGUCAAAGCACCAGAGAUAUUUUCAAGGUUCCAAGGUGUCAUUUUAGCUGGAAACCUUAGUAACAAUCACCUUGAAGAUCAGAGCAUUUCUGGUAUAUUGUUAUCAUAUGCCAAGACGAACAGUGGUAACAAAGAACUUUUUGAUCAUUUUCUCAAAGAAGUUGUUUCAAGGAACUUAAUGGUCAGCGAUCGUGUUAUUGCUGAUAUCGUGUGGUCUUUUGCUAAGAAAGGAAUUUUUGACGACAACUUGUUCAACUUGGUCCAAGGUGAAAUAAUACGAAGAGGUGCACUUGACUUCAAUAAUGCUGACAUUGUAAAGAUUCUCUGGGCAUUCUCCAGGGCAGGCAAAGGAACUAAGCAGCUUUACUAUUUAUUCGACAGUGCACUUGUUUCAAGAGGUUUAAAAACAUUUCUAAGUGGAGAACUUGUAGAAACUGUAUGGUCAUUUGCAAAGGCGAAGUUGAAGAAUGCUAAAGUUUUUGACCUGUCUGAGAAGGAGAUUUUAAGUCGUGGCAUGGAUCGAUUAAGGACUCAUGAACUUGUUUUAUUUCUGUACUCCUUCACAUUUGCCCAAAGAGAAGAUGUAAACAUCAGCUUCAUAGAGAAGAUUGAAGCAGAGCUUUGUUUGAGAAAUGCAAGUGAAUUUGAUAUCGGUGCGUUGUGUCAAGUGACCUGGAGUCUUGCAAAAGCAGGCAUAUCAGAAAGCAAGUUGUUUGGUUUAGCAGAACAACAAGUGCUUAAAUGUGAUGUACAGAAGGUGUCAAAUUCAGAAAAGUUAAUGGUUAUGAGAGGAUUUAUCAAUGCACAAAAGACAAGCAAGGAACUCUUUCAGUUUCUCUACUCCUCCAUCUCAACAUCUAAUCUUUCAAACCUUACUGAAGCACAGAUUUGUGAGUUUGUUUGGUGUUUUUCUUUAGCCAAUGUCGAAGUGGAUAGCCUAUUCAACUUUCUUGAGAAAGAGAUCUUGGACAGACAGAAGUACCAUUUUAGCAGGAAGCAACUUAAUUUUUUAAAGAAAGGCUUUCUUAGAGUUGGAAAGGGAUCCAAAGAACUCUACAAAGUCUUGUCGCCAUAUUAAAUAUAUAUUGUUUUAUUUGCUGGGGCAGGGGAGAGGGGUACAUUACCAAGUUCAGCAUAAACUAAUUUCAAUAAAUUAUCCUUGCGUACGGGUAUGUACACUGACAGAGAAAGGAAAACACUCAUCCAUCUUUGGGUUUUUAAAGAUAGUUUUCAGAUCUCUGUGUCGUCAACUUUUUGCCGUUCUGGGCUAGCUUCAUCCUUUCCUGAAUUGAGAAAACGUGUGGUCUUUUUCUCUGGCACACUUUCCCUCAGAGACUAAAACCCCAUCCACACCAAAUCUGACUUAAACAUGUUUAAAAGCUGUUUAGUUUAACCUGGUUUAAAUUUGUUUUCUUUAUUAAAACUGCUUAUAAUACUUUUAUUGAUUGCAAAAAUUAAUUUAGUACGAUUACAUAACGUGUUAAAGUUAAUUUGGAUUCCGUGUAAAAGCCUGUGUUCUAGGUUUUCACAACUGCUUUUCAUUCUCGUAAAACUUAGUUAAAUUAAACAUGUUUAUCGUAUUUAUUCGAUUAACUGCCCUGGGC